AUGGCUCGUGGGAAGAAAAAAGGAGGUCGUCGUGGCGACGAAUCCGAUUCAGACGACGUCAAGACAACGCCUUCUGUAGUUCCUGCAUCAAUGAAUGAAAACGACAAGAAAGUGGCGCGUAAGGAGAAGUUAAAGACACGGAAAGCGCAGCGUCAGGUCGCCAAGGCUCAGGAAGAACAGACGAGUCAAUGCACGGCUUCAGAUGCCGAGCAGAAGGACGAGAAGGAGGAGGAGGAGGAUUUGUACGCACAAGUGGCUGCUAGUACAAACAAGAAGAAGAAGAAGAAAAAGGACAAGAAGAAGGUGGUGAACUUUGCUGCUCUAAUGAACGAUAGCGACAGUGAAGAAGAAGAAGAAAGAGAAGAAGUGAGAGAAGAAGAAGAUGAAGAUGUGGAAGAAGAAGCAAAAGAGGAAGAAAAAGAGGUCAAGGUGGAGGUUGUUGUGGAGAAGAAGAAAGAGAAGGAGAAGAAAAAAAUAGACGAAGAUGACAAGAAGGAUAAGAAGAAGAAGAAAACGAAGAAAGUGAAAAGUGUCUUUGACUCUAUAGAUGACAAAGAGGAGGAAGACAAUGAGGAAAAUAAACCGAAAAAGACGAGCAAGAAGGAUAAGGAAGGCAAACGUCUUAGUAAUAAAGAGCGCAAGCGUAUCAAAGAGGAGCAGGAACGUCAGGAACGCGAGGACGAGUACCACCGCGCUGCCAACCCUAUGGAUGGCGCUCAGUUCUCUGUCUCGCAGCAGGCCUUUACGGAGGACUCGAACUGGGAGAACGCCACUGACAUCCACAUUGACAACUUCAGCAUCAACGCGCACAACAAACUACUGUACGACAAUGCGUCGCUGCAUAUUAACGCUGGUGGCAAGUACGGUCUGGUGGGUCCGAACGGUCAAGGUAAAACCACGAUCUUGAAAAUGAUUGCGCUAGGGGAGCUCAAAAUCCCGCCCAAGAUCGACUGCCUGUAUGUAGAGCAGGAGGUCGUGGCCGACGACACGCGAGCUGUGGAUGCCGUGCUGAAGGCUGACGCCGAGCGGUGGGCGUUAUUGGAGGAAGAGAAGCACCUGCUUGCAGAGCUGGAAACCAAACAGGACUCGGCUCUGGACGACCGGCUGAACGAAGUGUAUGAUCAGCUGUCGCACAUGAACGCGUCUGCUGCUGAGGCUCGUGCACGGCGUAUCCUAUUUGGUCUGGGAUUCGACUCGGCUAUGCAGGAGAAGGUCACGAAGGACUUUUCUGGUGGUUGGCGUAUGCGAAUCUCUCUGGCUAAGGCUUUGUACGUCGAGCCGACGCUGCUGAUGCUUGAUGAGCCGACGAACCAUUUGGAUUUGAACGCCGUUAUUUGGCUGGACGAUUACCUGCAAAAGUGGAAGAAAACGCUGCUGGUAGUGUCCCACGACGCCGACUUCCUGAAUAGCGUGUGCACAGAGGUGCUGCAUCUGGAGAACAAGAAAAUUGUACACUACAAGGGUAACUAUGACAUGUUCCGUGAAAUGGAAAAGCAGAAGCGAAAGCAGAUGGAGAAGGCCUGGGAGAAGCAGCAAAAGCAGCUUCGUAACCUCAAGGCUUCGGGCAAGUCUUCCAAGAAAGCUACUGAAAUCGUGAAAAAGAAACGUGAGCCUGGUGCUCGUGCUUCGAAGAAGAAGGCUCUCACGCCUGAUGAUGCUGCGGAUGCGUCAGCCGCUAUGGAUCUUUUAGAGCGACCAAAGGAGUACAUUGUGCAGUUUAGCUUCCCAGAGACGACUGUCGUGACGCCGCCCAUUCUCGAGGUGCGCGAGGCCAGUUUCCGCUAUGGUGACGGUCCGUACCUGUUCAAGAACACGGACUUUGGUAUCGACACGACGUCACGAGUAUGUAUCGUGGGCCCCAAUGGUGUGGGAAAGAGUACUCUGCUGAAGAUGAUCACGGGCGAGUUGACCGUGAAGGAGGGCGAGGUGCGCCGUAAUCCGCGUGUCCGAUUGGGUAUCUACAACCAGCACUUCGUCGACAAGCUGCCCAUGGGCGAGACACCCGUGGAGUAUUUGCGUCGUCUGUUCCAAGACCAGUCAUAUCAGCAGGUACGAAACCUGCUCGGUAAGGUCGGUCUCGAGGGCCAUGCGCACGAGAUCAAGAACCGGCUGCUGUCGGGUGGUCAGAAGGCCCGUGUGGUAAUUGCUGAGCUGGUUCUGAUGCGCCCGCAUAUCUUGAUUCUUGAUGAGCCGACAAACAAUUUGGACAUUGAGUCCAUUGAUGCGCUUUGUGAUGCCAUCCGUGAGUAUGAAGGUGGCGUCGUGAUCGUGACGCACGACGCGCGUCUGAUUGAGUCGACGGAGUGCGUGCUGUGGGUCUGCGGUGACCAAGACGUGGUGGUGUAUGACGGAACGUUUGAGGACUACAAGCAGUCGAUCUUGGACGAUUUGCACAAGCAGGCGCAGGUUGAGGAGGCACGACUCGCGGACAACGCCGCCAAGAAGGCCGAAGCUCGUGUUCAGAAGCUCAAGCACUCGACAGCCGUGGUUGGUGAGGCUGACGCAUAA